CAGAAGUUUACAUUAAAUAUCAGGACAGAGCAACAGUCCAGUCGUAUCCGACAUUCCUCUGAUCCGUCUUUCUCCUCAUGGAGCGGGGACGGCGGAGUCGCUGUUCAGUCCUUCUCAUCCAUAUGUGGGGUCACACAUGGAGCAUUAUCUGCGCUCGGUUCAUGGCAGCCCCACGCUCUCCAUGAUCUCAGCUGCUCGAGGACUCAGUCCAGCGGACGUGACCCAAGAACACCUGAAGGACCGGGCUCUGUUCAGUUUACCUCCGUUACCCCUGGGAGUAAUCCCUGCAGACUACCACCAGCUGAUGGCCAGCAGCCAGAGGAGCCCAUGUGGCGACCUGCUGAUGCAGAACGGUGCAGCGGCCCAUCUCCCAGAAUACAUCAGCCCUCUGGAUGCUUCCCGUUUUUCCAGCCCCAGGCUGACACCUCGACUGAAUCGGAAGAGAGUUCUGUCCAUCUCGCCGCUGUCCGACGGCAGCAUCGACCUGCAGACCAUGAUCCGAACCUCUCCCAGCUCUCUGGUGGCUUACAUCAACAACUCCCGGUCCAGUUCAGCUGCCAGCAGCUCUUACGGACACCUGUCUGUGGGCGGGAUCAGUCCCACCUUCAGCAUCCCCCAUCCCAUCAACCCCAUGCCGUAUCAGCAUCUCUUGUCCCACCAAAGAGGUCUGAACGCCUUUGGACACGCGAUGCCCCUGAUCCAAACAUCGUCCUAUCCUCCACGCCACCACCCUCAUGCGGCCUCCAGCAUGUCCUGCAGUAACCUGAACUCAGAGGCUGACCAGAACUCCAGUGGAGAUUCUUCCGUCAGCAGCACCAAUAACCCUCAGAGUACCAAGAGGUCAAAGGUUAAGACUGAAGCCAUCUCACCCUCCGUCCAGGAGUGCAGGUGCAGCGUCUUGGAUGUGAGCGAGGAUCUAGACAAAGAUGACUGCAAGCAGGAGCUAGACGCCAUUUAUGAGACGCACUGUCACUGGGAGGGCUGUUCCAAGGAGCAUGACAGCCAGGACCAGCUGGUUCAUCACAUCAACAAUUACCACAUCCACGGGGAGAAGAAGGAGUUUGUGUGUCGCUGGGAGGACUGCUCCCGGGACCAGAAGCCCUUCAAAGCCCAGUACAUGCUGGUGGUCCACAUGAGGAGGCACACGGGGGAGAAGCCGCACAAAUGCACAUUUGAAGGAUGCUCCAAAGCGUACUCGCGGCUGGAGAACCUGAAGACUCACCUGAGGUCUCACACAGGAGAGAAGCCUUAUGUGUGUGAGCAUGAAGGCUGCAACAAGGCCUUCUCCAACGCCUCAGACAGAGCCAAGCACCAGAACCGGACCCACUCCAACCAGCCAGGCUUACCUGGAGCGGGGUCUACCUGGAGCGAGGUCUACCUGGAGCCGGUUCUACCUGGAGCGGGGUUUACGUGGAAUGAGGUCUACCUGGAGCGAGGUCUACCUGGAGCGGGGUCUACCUGGAGCAGGGUUUACCUGGAGCCGGUUCUACCUAAAAAACCGUACGUCUGUAAAGUCCCAGGCUGCACGAAGUGCUACACUGACCCCAGUUCUCUAAGGAAACACGUGAAAACGGUUCACGGACCCGAAGCCCACGUUACCAAGAAGCAGCGCAGCGAUGCCCCUCCCAGAGGGAACGGGGGGGCUGAGCUGCACUCCAGGAAUGGACCUCGAGGCUCGGAUGGCCAGACAGACACCAGGAACACAUCCGGACUGGAGGAGUGUCUCCGGGCCGGAAGCAUCAAGGCAGAGGACUCGGUGAUGUCUCAGCCUGGUUCUGGUGGACUCUCCUCCUGCAGCAGUGAGCCCUCCCCUCUCAGGAGAACCAACAACAACACUAGUGGGGUAGAGAUCGCCAUCCACAGUGGGGGCAGCUUUGGGGACCCCAGCAGCCAGGAGGGGGUCCCUUUGGUUGACUCCACUGUUCCUUCAAGAGCCCAGCAGGUUGGGGGGGGAGAUCUGAGCCGAGCUGUCUCCAUCAAGCUGGAGAAUAUCAAGAAAGAAAGACUCCAGACAGUGAGUGAGGUGUGUGUUCGUGUUCCUGGAGCCCAGGGCCCCCCCCAGAGCCAAUGCAGCAGCACAAGGCUGCCCCCCAUCCCUGCAGCAGGCUCCCUGCUGGACGCUUCCACCAUGCUGAGCAGUUUGGACUCGGGGCGGCCGGUGGUUGACCUGGCGCCACGUGAAGUCCCGCUUCUUAACCAGCUGAUUGAGCGGCGCAGCAGCACCACCAGCACCAUCAGUUCCUCUUACACCAUGAGCCGGUGCUCCUCUGACUCCAGCCGCCGCUGCAGCCAUCAGUCCACCAUCAGUCCAGCAGAAUCCUACGACCCAAUCUCCACAGAUCUGUCUCGCCGUUCCAGUGAGGCCAGCCAUUCCGGGGGGGUGGGCCUCCCAGGACUUCUGAGUCUGACCCCGGCUCAGCAUUAUCAACUCAAGGCAAAGUAUGCAGCUGCCACUGGUGGAGCUCCGCCCACCCCUCUUCCCAACGUGGAUCAAAUGAGGCUGAGAACGUGGAGGAAGGUCUACAGGGACCCUCCGGAAGUCUUUGCUCUCUCCAGAAACGUGCCGAGGCGCCGCAGUGAUACCGGCUAUGGCACUGAGACCAUGAUGCCCCAUGAGGUGCCCAACCAUUUCCCUCGCCGUGCUAGUGACCCGGAGAAUCGCCCCAACCUGGAACAUUUGUCAUGGAGAAGAAUUCAACACUACAACAGCUUGAACCCCAUUAUUUGUCUAUCAGUGUCUGAGCGUCAUCACAUGCUUGGAUGCACUCACUCUGAUGGAAGCCUUCAAUACUACCCGCUUGACCCUCAACCCCCCAGCAUUUCUGAGCAUGUGGACAACAUGGCAGCUGGGGAUGGAGCUAGUGGAGGUGAUGACUUGGUGCUUCCUGAUGACAUGGUUCAGUAUCUUCAAUCUCAGAAUUCUAAGAUUGACUGUGACCCCUGCAGCCAAACUCAGGGUGACCGGGCAUGUUCGGUCCCAUCCUUCAAUGCACAGAGGAGAACGGCCACGCUGGGUUCUGGGAUAAGUCAGUCUAAUCAGGACUUGCAGAUGGAAAUUAAGUCCUCACAGCAGCCGUUCUCAGCCUCAUCCAGCAUCACAAACAAGAACAUGCCGGUUCAGUGGCAUGAGGUCAGCUCAGGGACAAUGGACACCCCAACAAGGCUAUCCAGGCAGCAUCAUCUUUGCAGGGGGAACCUGGCUGUUGCUAAACAAAGACACAACUUCGAGGUCCUUCAGGGUCAACAUUUGGACCAGGACAGCAACCAAAGGCUGAUGAGAGUCUUCUCUAAACACCAUCAGCAGCCCAGACAAUGCAACCUGAGAAAUGUUAGAGGCCAGGAACCCAAGUCAGUAUCUGGAAGUACCAACAUGCAACCUUUCCAACCCAACCUCUCCCUGCAGAAGAACAGUAGAGGAAUGCUUCAACCAGAACCGCCCUCAGAACCCAAGCCUGCCACCAGACAAAGAUGCUGCUUCAGCUCGACACAACCGAGACGGAUUUCCAGAUCAUCUGAAACAACCUUGGGUCAAAACGUGGACAGCUCUGAGGCCACCCCAAAGAGACCCAACAAGUCCACAAGUCACAACAGCCAAUCAGAAAACCUGAUCCGAGCCGUCUUCUGCACAGGUCAGACUCCCUCUGUCGGCCUCAAGGCCUCUCUGUCUACUGGGGGGCCGGACAACCACAUCACAGCCUCACCAGGAGUCAACCAGGUCUCCAGCAGCACGGCAGGCUCCUCCACAUGUGAAGGAUGGGAGUCAGAGCAUGCCAUGCUGGACUAUGGGGACCACUCCAGCAUUAUGUCCGGUAGUUUAAGUCCUAGACUUUUACAGAGCCUCUCCCAGACUUCCUCACGCCUCACCACACCUCGCAACUCUGUGAGUCUGGCAUCAGUGCCGGCAGGGAUCAGCAACAUGGCCAUCGGGGACAUGAACUCCAUGCUCACAGCCUUGGCAGAAGAAAGCAAGCUCUUCAACAUGACCAGCUGAGAACAGCAACAAUCCGGUUAUUUUGAAAGCCAUACUUUGUCACUACAGAAUAGUCGUUAUAAGUCUGGGUGUUGAAAACAUCCUAAGGAUAUCAGAGAACAUUUAAGUAAAGCUGAGGACAUCCUGAGAACAUGAAAAACCGUUAAGGAUACCCAAAGACUUCUGCGAUAAUCUGAGGACGUUUAGGAAUGUCUGUGGAAACAUGAAGACAUCAAGAACACAGUUACCAGGAAAUUCUGGUGUUCGUUCAUGUUUAUUUUCUAGUAUAGUGUAUGUGGUCUGAUGUUCAGUCUGUAAUCCUGGUGACGUAAAGAAACAGACAAACUUCAACAACCUUCUGUUCAAAGAACGUUUUGUGAAUUUAUUAUUCAUUUGUUUCAACCAUGAUGGUACUUCUGUAAGAGUACAGUAAAGUUUGUGAGACAAA